AUGUUUGCUACACCUCAUCAAGAGCUACUGGAAGCGUCCCAGAUGUUCCAGUCUGGAGACCACAGGCUGUCAUUCGCCUCGGUGUCGUCUGCUGCCUCGAGUUCACCCCCACUUCAACCCCAACAACAUGGCGGCUCCAAUACCUCGUCGGGAGCUGUCCGACGGCCUCCAAGGAAGAGCACCCUGACGCAACAACAGAAGAACCAGAAGCGUCAGCGAGCUACUCAGGAUCAGCUAGUCACACUAGAGCGCGAGUUCAGCAAGAACCCCACUCCAACUGCUGUUGUCAGGGAUAGAAUAGCUCAGGAAAUCAAUAUGACAGAGAGAUCUGUUCAGAUUUGGUUCCAGAACAGACGUGCGAAGAUCAAGUUGAUUGCAAAGAAGUCUUUGGAGAAUGGUGGCGAGGAUAUCGACUCGAUACCAGAGAGUGUCAGACUAUACCUUGCAAACCAGAACCCUGAGAUGAAGGCUCUUGCUUACGGCACAAGUGGUGCAUUGAAUGGCUUUGGAGGCGGCUUCUCGGCUCCUGGUGAAGCUUCUACAGGAAAGAUUGUCAUCCACCACUUCACAUGCCGUUCGUUGAACAUUGGUACAUGGAGACGUAUCGGACAGAAUGCUAUGGAUCUCGUGGUUUUCUACUCGCCCGAGAAGGCUUGCAUCACAUACUACAUCAACAACGACUCUGCAGGUUACAAGAUUGAAUAUCCAUUCAGGAAUAUCAAGAGCAUUGAACUCGAGACUUUGAACGUUCCAAUGGCUCCACCAAGCACGCACGGUGGACAGAUGCAGGGUCAGCUUGUCAUUCAAUUGCUCAAGCCCCCACACUUCUUCAUGGAUACAUCGGGCUCUGGUGGCUUCGUCCAAUGUGGCGACUUCACUGAAGACCAACAGGCUACCCAGAUCUUCACUCACACACUCGGAGGCAAUGCUAAGUCUCUGCAGGGUCAGCUUGCCAAACUUUUGAACCUCGAUGUUUUCCAAAACCGACACAGACAACCACAGCCAUUCAUGUUCGAAGCCACAUUCGCUAGCCCACCAUCCCCUCCAAUGCGUCCUUCGUCUGCUUCUGGAAUGAUGGCCCCACCAUCACUUGUCCAGCAGGAAGCUAGAGGACACAUUGCCAACCCAUACAGACACAAGAGGCAGAGGAGUCGUUCCGUCCCCAACAUUAACGACUUCGCAAACUUUGGUCCCAUGCCUUCAUUCCAGUUCGACGAUGUUAUCAUCGAACCAGAGAACGAAGACUCCUUCUUCCUUGGCACUUCUGUCAGCCCCAAGCUCAAGAUGGAGGAAAACUCCAACAACCAUUUGUUCGCUCCAGCUCCCCAGCAUCCCCAUGCCAUGUCGAACAACCUCAGAAUCGAUACCUCUGCACCAGGCUUCUUGGAUUACAGACCGGCUUAUCCUCUCUCUGCAGCUACCACAGUUUCUGAAUAUGCUGCCAGCCCCGGUAUGCCAGGUGAACUAGCCAUGACACCGGGCCUCCAUUCCCCCUUCUUGGACCAGCCAUGGUUGUCCCCAAUGAUCCACCCCAAUGGCUUGAUUCCACAGUCUGUGUCCCCUCUGUCGGCGCUGAGCAAUGGUGACCCAAUCAUCGCAUCCGGAUCGCCUCCAUUCAUUGACCGAACCGGAUCAGCCGAGCUGUUCCCGCUCAGCCAUGAACAAGCCCUCUACGGCAACGAUGAAUUGACAGACCUGUACGCCAAACAAUCGCUAGGAAUGCACCAGAGCCCGCCAGCCCUUGAGGACAUUGAAGAAGUUGACAGCCAUCUCUCGCCGUACAACUUGAGCCCAAUGGGUCACCAUGUCACACUCUCUCCGGAACAUCAUUCGACACCGCAUCCGCACGCCCAGCAACACCCUCUGUAA